GAUUGAUUUGAGGACUUACACAACGUAUAGGCUAUCUCAAAGGCUGGACGACAGACUACGUUGAUGUUGAUGAACGAUCGUGAGGGAAAAUGAUAAAUCUUAUGCUUUCGGCAAACUGAUCUCAGUUCUCUGCUCGAUUAAUAAGAUGGAUUACAGUCCCAGAAGAGCAUUGUGUCCGAAUCAAACACAGCUAUUUCCCUGUAUCGGGUAAGAAAUUCAAUUUAGCUGUCAUCUUAGCGUCUAAUUUUAAUUUUCUUUCGUAACUGUUUUUCACUGGAAUAGAACGUUGUUCUAAGUGUUGUAUCAAUUUUUAAAAUUUCAACAUCUAAAGGCUGGAGAAAGGGGACUCUUCCAGCGCAAUCAGUCUCGUAUCUUGGCCAGUUCAUAUUUUUUGCGAUAGAAAAAUAGUUUUACUUUGAGGUAGACUACGCCUCAAGCAUCUGCCAAAAACAUCGAAAACAUCUGGCGAAAUGAAUCUCAGCCGACAUUGUAACUUUUCUGUUAUAUUCAUCAAAAUGUUAUAGUAUUUCUCCGGUCACUAAGAUAAAACAAGUGAACUGCAAAUAACCAAGAAUUUUCGAAAUCAUAACAACCGGAUUCUCGUAUUUCUGGUGAUUAACAGAAACGUGAUUGCAAAUCUUUUAAGUAAUUGAUUCAUUUCUUUACAAUUAGUUUUAUUUGAGCCUAUUUCUCAACGGAUGUUGCAAACUAAUUAAUUGCUGUAUCCUCCACAUUGUGACAAGGCUUAAGAUUGCCUUUGCAUUCAAUGCCAAGCUUGAGAUUUUCAUUUUCAGCUCAUCGAUGCAGUUAGGUAUGCGCGUGAUUAAAAACACAAUACAUUUACAUCAUAAGGGUUUUUUUGUUUUGUUCGAGGCGACUCCGUGACUCGACGUUUAUCGAUAUGUGACUCGACUGUUUUAUUAAAACAUAUUCCUGAUCACAGAAACGAAGACACAAUAACGGUUGUCGAAACGCAGAUUAUGUCAAAACUGUUGAAAAAGGCUUCCCUCUUACAGUUGUUUAUUAAUCGCGUUUUAUCUUCUCUUGUUUUCAUUUUUAUUUUGUACACUUCAUUUAUUUACUUAUCAGUUUAAUUAUAUUUUUAUUCAUCCUUUUCUUUAUCUAUUUUUAAGGAGUAGUUGAUGGUCGAAAAGAAAAAAAUAAUAAUAGGCGUUACUAUAUAUUUCAGCCGGGAUCGUCAAAAUAUUUUUUCCGAAAAUUUUCAAAAAAGUUUGGGAUUUUCACACUUGAAGGUUGAUCUGUUGGAAAAAUAAUUAAGACCCAGGCAAAUAGUUAAUUAUUAAGACUGAUAUCACAGAAAACACUCACACGUGGCUUGUUCGAAAAGCCAUGAAUAUCUCUAAAUAUCCUCAGAUCUUAUAUAUGUCGUGAUAUUUUCGAACUUUAAGGGGAACCCUCUUCAGAGUAUGCAAAAAAAAUUCGGAUUGUUGUAGAAAGGACAGAUUUACAUCGUACCUCAUUGACCAUCUGCAGUGUCUCCGAUUGGCUGGAACUUUCCCGCCAAAAACCAUUUCUAAGUAAAAAUUCAGAAGUUGACACUUAGGGACCGAUGGGUAAUUGUCGCCUGGUUAAGGGGGGGGGGAGUUGGGGAGGGCGAGGGGAAAAGGUUAGAGGAUUUUGGUUGCGUCACGAUGAAAUGAAUCUGUUCCACCAUUUAUCGAUAAAAAGGAAUUGAUAUACACCGACCAUAUACCCAUGAAUUCUUUUCCUUGAGAAUUCUACUGCUAUCCAUAAGUGUUAUCUAAAACAACCCGUCUAACGAGCGAUUUUUAAUUAGUCAGAUUAAAGACUUUUCAUUUAAUUUUUAAUCAAGUUUCGGAAGUAAUCUUGCAAUCCAUUGGCUUUCCCUUGGUUAGCUCUAUGAUUGGUCCAAAAAGCUCGUGCCUAUGUCUCAACCAAUCAGACGCAAACGUGAAAACAAUUACUACGGGCUCCCUCCCAUUUUCCCGCGCUUUUGCGACUUGGCUCAUUUGUACUACGGGUUUUCAUCGCUGUAAAAGCCCUCAUAUUAGCAUUACGUACCAGUUUCUCUCGGAUCAUAUGAUUCAGCUGAAAUUAAUGACUAUGCCCGGCUUCGUGGGGUCUAGUCCGAAAAAAAGGGCGUAUUCCCAGAGAUUCUUACGUACUACAGCCGAAUAAACGGACUGAGGGCUCGUUUCCUAAACCUUCUAUGGACGGACAAUAUAACUUCUUCCACUGAUAAAUGCAGAGGGAUGAACAGGAAAAAUAUAAGCCGUUAGAAAAGUUUUGUCAAUGUUUCUGUCUUCUCUGGCACUUCCAAAGGUUGACGUCACUCAGUGAAGCCGAAACUUAGAUGAUUCAAAACUAUUGACAAGAAUGGACCCUUCAUUGACAGAAAAAAAUGUAUUUUGAAAUCUGCAAAAUCAUUGUUAUCUAGCCAUGUGAGAAAUUUUUGUUUUGAAACUCACUCCUUCACCAAGUAACGUUAGGUAUCACAAAUUUAUAUCGUGUUCUUGAGAAAAUCACCUCGGGCCAGCUUUUGCCUAUAUCCCCUUUUGCCUAUAAAAUGGUCAAUCUUAAAAAAAUAUUGUUCAAUUAAUCAAAGCGGUAUCUUAUUGAAUAGUUUUUAAGAGCAAAUUAACGGGAGCAUGCUCUCAAUUUGUAAUGUAAGCUUGCUAAUUUUUGCAAAAAAACUGCAGUUUGGCUCUUAAAAUUCAAAGUCAGUGUAGGCUCUUUAAGUGUUCAGCUUAAAAUUAUAAACCAAAACGAAAUAAAAACAAUACAACACACACGAGCAAAAUUAGAAAAGAUGAGAAAACCGAUAUGUCUUAAUUAAUUUCUAGUCGAAUUUCGUGGUAUUAAAAGGUAGUCACCGCUUUAUGACAAAGGACACAAAACAGUUGAGUGGUUAAAACUACUACAGGAGGGAAAUUAAAUCCUUUAACUGAUUUUCGUCAUAACAUUCGUUUUAAAGAUCUUUUUCUUCUAUCAACUUGCUUCGGUAGCUGUCUUUCACCUUUACGUGGAAGUGACUAGUAAAGUUAUGACCUUUCUAUUCGUAAAAGUUUGGCACAAGAACCAUGACAUUGAGUUAUUCAUAACAUCUGUCUUUGGUCCUAAAAAAUCUAGAAAGCAUCUCAACUAAUCUACAGAAUAUAGGUAAUCAUUUUUGAUGUUUCGUGCGCUCAACGGGUUGUUGGCAGAAAAAUUAUUCAUGAAAGCUUUGAAUGUUUUGCGAAAACAAGGAAAGUUUAAUAUGUUUUUCUUCAUUUUCAAUAUCUAAUCUAAGGAAGUCUGUUAUUGUAAUCAAUUAAUUUACUAAUGUAAAGGAAAUUUUUUUUUUAUUUUCAGUAAAGAACAAUUGAGAUCCUCGUUAAUAUCCCCAAAGAAUGGAUAGGAUAAUUUUGCUGCAAAUCUCAAAAUGAUAGCUAGUUACUACAUUUGCCUGAAAUACAGUGUUUCCAUAUUGGGAAUAGAUUUUUUUGCUUUUUUAUUCGAUCCUAAUUGGGCUGGCUUGUGAAAUGUGUAGGGAAGAAGAUCACAUUUUUGUCAUUUACGGGUGAAUACGGUUCUCCAGAUAAACCUGAGAAGUUUGAUUCUUGGUCGAAAUAUUUCGUAACAUCGGAAUAAAAUUAAUGCACCAUAGCUUUGGCAGACAAGCUGAAAAAUUCCAUGAAAUUUGAAUAUCGUCACAGAUCAUAAGGCAAUGAUUGUAAUGUUUACAGAUAAAAUCAUCAUUUCUCUUUUAUCGGCAUGCUCAUCGUACGCGUUUUAACGGUAAACAUACACAUCUGAGCAAAGCCGCCUCGCGAAAGGAUUCCCUGUAUGAGUCAAGUUGAAUAAUUUAUUUCAUAAUUCGAGCCACGCGAGGAACAAGUGAGCGCCAUUUCGGCGUCUGUGAUAAAAGAAUCGAUUUAGAAUGCCAUUUUAAGUUAACGAAAUGCAUCAGAAAGAGUAUUUCAGUGGGCAAACUUUUGAUAUAUUCGUGCUUCGGGUCCGAUUUCUACUCACGUCGAGUUCAUUCAUGUUUUUUCAUGUGUACCACUAAAAAACGGAAAAGACUUCAGUCUAUCAUUCUUUAGUGACCUUAUAUGGUCAAUUAAACUGAGGGAAGAAAACUUUGAUCACCAGCGGUGUAAAAACAACGGGGUUUAACGCAAACAAUGUUAAUAUUCAUCCAUCCUUACUGCACAUUUUGACAAGUAUUGUAUACAUUUUGGCUUUUAUGUUUUUCUCAUUACUCUUCCGGUUAUAAAUUUAGCGAAGCAGAAGUACGAAAAUCCAUGUAAAAUGCACGGACAUCAAUUAAAGUGGCACUGCAUGCUCCAAUACAUAACUGAGGAAAAAUAUAGAACAGAAUUAAGACAAAAAUUGAAAUAUUUGUUGAAGCAGACAUUUCCGUCUUAGGUGUUUGCCAAAUGCAAAACAAGUGAAGAACAAAGCCAUGAGCCUUACGCGCUAAAUUUAGCACUGGAUUGACGUCAGAGAAUCAUCAAAAUAUUAUUCAUUGGACAGGUUUAAAUUGAGCUGCCAAAGAAUACAGCUCAAAUGAAACUACCCCUUCUGGUAAACGGAGGUACAGUAUUGUCCUCUCCAAGUUAAAAUAGAAAGAAGAUGGUUCUUCGCUUCAGGUCGCUCGGGUAAGAUUUCUAAAAUUCAAAAUUGCUCUUUACUUUUAAUUUUCAUGCACUUACGUAACACGAUGAGCCACUGGAAACGUUUAUGACAACCGAAGCUUUGCAAAAAAAAACAUCCUCGUGUUUAGAAUUUGAUUUGCCUUAGAAAUAUUAAGAUCUACUCGCAAGGCGAUUGCUAUACUACUUUGUUUACCUCAAAGAACAAAAAUCUUCGAUGAUAUUUUUUGUAGAUUUUGAAGAGAUUUUGAGAUCGUUACAUUGAAAACCGCUAAGAGCAUUCAAGUCCAUAGCUAGUGAAUUUCAGAGAAAUUGAAAAGUCGCUCCAGAUUUAACAGACACUAAAAGUUAUGGAAUAAAAAUUGAAAAAGGCACACGGAUGAAUUCGUAAAUAGUAAAAUUUUGCCGUAAAUAAUGGAAAAUCUAUGUAAAGAGAUCGUCAUUCAUUAAAGCUGAAAUCGAGUCACGUUCACGAAAUGUUGAUUGCCAUCUCAUUUCAGCGAAAAAUAGAUUUUUGUUCCUCAUUUCGUUGAAAGUCCCCAUUCAGUUGUUUUCGAAAUUGGUGUUUUUCAUUUUUUUUUCCUGCGCAAGUAUUAAUUCCACUGAAAUUCUGAAUCGCACACGGAAACAUAACCUUCUUAAUCUACUAACUGGCAAAACUGAACGAAGCAGACCAGCUUGAUGUAAGCGGGUGACAUAUUUUCUGAAAAUGGUCUUUUAAAAUCGUAAAACGUCAAAAUAUCAAGUCUGUAAGCCCGCGUACAAGUGCGUCAAUGUUCCUACGCGUUUUUAUGAAAAAAUAAAUUGCAAUAUGUAUUUCAAGGAAGUAAUUUUUUAGUUAAAAAAAAAAAUGUUGUGUGACUAAACUAUCGACAGGAAUGCAUUUUAAUAAACAAGGAAUUUAAAUUAUUUGUUCGGAAAAGUUUUUACGCAUUAAAUCGUGCUCAGAAACAUCAACCAAAAUGAACAUCUACGCUUAAGCGAUGUUUGUGAGAUUGCAAAUCGAUCGAAAUUUUGCGUGAAAAUUUCUUAAUGAAAAACACAUCGAUUACAAGAAGGUGUUGUCUUCAUUUGCCGUUUUUACGCUACUGUGACGUCAUUCGGUUCGAUAUUAUUCAUUGUAUUUUAGCUACGUGCAAACUGAUCGUGUAUUUAACGCUAUUUAUCAAUAUAAUCAAUAAUGCCUUGGUUUACGGUUGAUAUUUAGACAAAGCGUAAGUAGUUGCCGACAGUGUGUUUAGAUAUUAGGAUGAAAGCUUUUUUCCGUAGGACUGUUUAAAUGACCUGACAGGUUUAUGCUUCCUUACAAUAUCCUGUGAUAUUUAUCAACAAUUCUGCGCAAUUCAAACCGGAAAAUUUCACCGGAAGAGUUUUGGGUCCGUUUCAGCGCCUUUUAUUUGCUCUUAAGACUGAGGAAACGAGGUGCCACUCUAUGAUCGUUAAAUUGAUCUGAUUCCAAGUUCGAACAGCACGUAUGUUUUAUAUUUAUCUUAAAAUCUCGAAUUUUUCGCUUCUGCUAAUAAAAAAUUUUACAGAAGGGUUUGCUUGACAUAAAUUUGCGUCGAAGCUAGGCGCUUAAAUUAGCCAUCACCUCGCGAUCAUUAGGAAGGACAUGUCAAAAGAAAAACUUAUUUUUAAUUUCGAGACGUUUUUGGAAGAAUCUCGAUCUAUUUUUCGUGUUGAAGUAAAUGUCCGCUUAUCAUUUAGAGUUUACUUUCCUCGGAUAAUUCAAUAAAUGCAUCCGCCUUGGAGAUAUAUGUUAAAUCAAAUUGAUGAAAAAUUUAUUUAUUAACGAGACAACAUUUCAAUGUUCACGUAAAUUAACGGCGAAACGCCGAGAGCAGCGCGUCAUUUCUUUAAUUCGUAAAAAAUUGACUCUACAUAACCAAAUUUCUUGUGGUGUUCCACUGAUGAUUUUAUCAUUCCGUUAAUAGCCCAGGAACACAUUGAACAUAAUUCAUUAAUGUUUUCUAACGCACAAACGCGUACAAAAAAACAUUACCCUCUCUCAUUUAAACCGCAUUACAGCAAUUUUGUCGCUUAUCUCAGGCAAGCUUAUAUGACUCGGAUUUCCAUUCAUAUCGUUGUGAAGUCCUUAGAUGGCGAAUUCCGCAAAUCUCGAUCUUUCCGUAAUCUUGAACUUGCGAGAUCUCCGUGUUUUAUGAACGUGCCUCAGUUAAUGACAGUCAAAUUGCACCCUGUACAUCUCGAGUACCUGAAAUAUCCAAGACUCCGUUAUUGGCCGACACAAAAUUCAAAUCCCUUUCGAGCUUCUAGAAAUCGUACACCUGUUAUUUGGUACUUAACCAAUAUCAACGCGAGGGAAAUCUUGUGUGAAUGAGCCUUUGUGACAAAUUUAUAAGCAUCCACAAAGUUUUCAUCUUAUUGUUCUUGGCUACUUGGUUGCAUUGUAUUAAAUCGCAUUACUGAUUCAGUCAUGUCCACAAAAAACGUACUUCUAUCAUUUAUUUUAAGAGAAGAAGGGAAAUCUUGUUCAUCAACCACUUAAAGGAAUUUAUAAUUUAGAGUCGGUAGAGAUCUGGGAUUUCGUUAGUUCUACUUCACUCCCCGAUUAGUCCAGAGAAAACGCGUGCCACCCUUUCGACCAAUCAGGCUUAACCUAAAGACGAUCGCCACUUGUGCACUCACGUUUUUCCGCCCUUAUGGCAAGUCACAUGUAUUUUUUUUGGAUUCUCAUCUGUUCCCAGCGAUACUUCUUUUUUUCAAAAACCCAUCAAUCUUUGGCUUUGGUUUCACAACAUUUCUCUUUCUCCAUUUAUGUGAGAUUAAUUUUUGUUCAAAAUUAUAAAGUUAAAAUAUUGAUAUCCCGGGAGAGCGCCCUGUAAAGGUACGACUUUCAUUCAAUCUAUUUUCCUCCAUUUUAUUCAAAGAUUUCCAAGCUGGUCGUUUGAAGACUGGGCCCAGUUUGAGCUUGAUACUUUGGAAGACAUUUUCAAGAGAUCAGACUGGCAAGAGAGAGCCCUGAAACCUGCUCUAUCUUCCAUUCUCGCCCCAGCCCUCUGCGCUGUUUACGGUAAGCAUGUAAUGGGGGGAUAAGCAGGAAAUAGAGACUAGGAAUCAGUUCUUUAUAAACGAAUAUUUAAAGUAUCGUAUUCAUUGAGUAUAUCAUCAAAUAGAAUUUUUUUUGCAACACUUUAUUUGUUCUUUCAGCGACAUAUGGGGAUAACGAAAUCUCGAAUCUCGAUGAUGACCGAGUCGUUUUGCGACAAUAUACACUUAAGGUUGGUUAAGUCAGUUCUCGUAAACUAUUGAAUAAUCACCAAAUCAAAAGAAUCAUAGAUAAAAAAAAAUUUAAAAAAAGAGGAGAACUAUGAGGGAACGAGAAUGUAUCGAUUAUUUAUUGAUUUGUCACUAAGUCCUAUUAGAGGUCGUGGAACCAGCAUGCAAUCAUGCAUUCUUCCUACAUUGAAGCAGAUCGAUAAGACAUGACUCGACUAUAAAAUGAUUUACCACGAUCUUUUUUUCACAGGAUUUAUCCAGCAUUGAAGUUAAGAUACAGAGAGCGGAUAGUCCCAGCUCCCCGAGCGAUAGCUUUUUCUUCCCGAUCACGGAUGACCGCGAGAGGUCUCGGUCACUGGAAUUACUCUACCCGCCGAUUGCAAACAUAGUUGAGGUAAAGCACGCACAAGCGACGUAGCUUUCAUAGUUGGUCUAGAUCAAUCUAGUUAAACUCACAAAAAUGUAAGGCAGAGACAUUGGGAAGAUUACCAAUCAUGUUUUUAGGUAAGAAAUCAAGAUAUGAAAGAGUUCCCUUUCCUUGAAAUGGCUUUGAAGUGACAUGGUAGGAGACACGUUACCAUGUAACGCGCGUGCAAAAAUAACACGCAUGUAAGAGCGCUUUUCCUUUUGGGAAAAUCAAAUGACCUUUUCAAGCAGAGGGCUUCGAGCUUUAUUGAAAAAAAAAAAGAGAGAAAAACUGACUCGAAUAGCAAGCCAUGAACUUAUCUGUUCCUUUUGUCUUCUCUUGGUAGAUCAAAGAAAAACUGCAUCCUCCCUGUGAUUCCGGAAGGUCCUCGCCAAUAUUUGUUUCUGGGUACGAAGCAGAACGACAAAGAAACGACAUCAAGCAGUUCGGACGAGAAGUGGCGUCUAAGCUUGCUGAAAGAAGAGCUGAAUACGCGAAACGAAGAGCGAGUCAGAUUCAUGAAGAAAGGGAAAUGAUCGAGGUAAUACUCUCUCGUUUUAACACCAAAUUCUCCUCACUGAUCUAUGACAAAAAUGUAUAACAGUUGGAGGAGAGAAUUCAGUUUUAAUCUACAGAUCUUGGCUAGUUAAUCAGUAUGAUCUGUUUUUUUCCGACAGCGUAACAUAGAAGAAGCAGUCAGAAACAAAGCGAAGCAGUUGCAAGUGGCGGACCACUUAGAGAAGGACGGUUCGUUCCUAAAGGAAAGACGAGCCAAGUUAUGGAGACGGUGUGCCAACAUGGCGGAAAUUUUAGCGAAAGAAGAAACAGAGGCCACGCUUUGGCAGAACAAAUAUAAAGAAGCUAUUUCAGUCGCAUCCGGGUGUUUCAUGUUUUUUUAAGCAGACCAGUUUGCAGAGGAUUAACUGUAGCCUCAGUGAAGGACGCCACGGUUCACGGAGAGAUGACAACGAGUCUUCCUGCCUCGACGGGGCGGUCCGGCUCAAGAGCGAUGCUAAUCCAAGAGGGAAGGUACUCGCGAGACUGAGGCUACUCACGAGAGUGAGGUUGCUUGCGAGAACGAAGGAUGUCAAGAGGAGAGCCGACCGCGCGAACUGAGCCGAUCUCAAAAUUGUGCACGAGUGCGAGGCCAGUCACGAGAACGAGGCUUUCACCUUAAAGAAAUAGACGAUGUGAUCUUGGCCGGCACAUCUUUACACAUACGUGUAAAUUCAAAAAUUUUUAAUGAUUUUUAAUAAUUUUUAAACAGCCGUUGACAAAUACAAACAUUAAUGAGGGAAAACCUACUUUUUGAGGCCAGCUUUUUAAAUUGAAUUUCCUGGAUCUGAUUCCAAGAGUGACGAUGCCUACAUGGCAAUUACGGCUUUUUCUUUUUAUAAAUUCCCGGUCAGAAGUUUUACCUUUUAUUCAGUCUAAUGAUGGAAAUAUUUCUAGUUACAGUAUUAAAUUACCAUGCUUCUAUCUUUUCACGAUGAAUGUAAAAACAAAAACCACCGGAAUAAAAAGAAUAUGUAAAUGAGCCUUCCUGUAAUGUCUCAGCGGACCCGACGCGUUGGA